GAUGAUCUCCCAUCAUUUCUGUGCCAUUAUUUUCUUUGUUUGUUGUGUUUUCACUCAAAGUUGUAUUAGAAUUUAGCAUGGAGGAAAAGUUUCCCAAGAUGGAAACCUUCAUAGAAAAGCAAUUGCCAUACUCUUAUUUUACAAGAAUGGCAACUAGUAACAAUAUUGGAUCAAAUUUGUUCGGUGAUCAUCCAGCCAGCUGGGGCGGCAGUGGAUCAAAAUCGCCACUGUCAUCGGAGUCUAGUAGCUCUUCCGCAGAGGAUGUUUCUCUUUCAGGUUCCAAUUUGAUCAACAACACAAGUAGUCCUUUUGUUCCUCUAAAUUUCUUGGAAACAUUUCCACAGCUGACUAGAGCUCAAGUUUCUGAUCAACCACCUACUUCUCCACCUUCCUUGUCAUCAAAAUCAUCGAGAUUUCCGAAAUUAACUUUGUUUUUGCAGCAACCAAGUCUGUUCGAUCCAUCAUCAUCAUCAUCCCCAUCGUCAUCGUCGUCCAUGCAAGUUGAAGUUGUAAACUCACUUGGCAAGACCAAAGGGUGUAAUGAGUUAUCCUCUUUAUUAACCCCUUCAUUUCCUGCUCCCCAAGCAAUUGAUCAAAUUCAGCAUCAGCCGGGCAUGAUUGAGUGGCUUAAAAUUAAUCAAACUAUAGUAAACCACUCAUCCAAAGGCUCCAAUGAUUACUGGCUAAGCACGACGAAGACGCAGCCAAUGAAGCACACUGGAAGAUCAUCAUCAAGAUUGCAUCAGCAGCAGAUCAAUCAACAACAAAAGCAGCCUAAUAACAAUUUGUCCUCCUCAUCAUCAUCACAAGGAAAGCUAUUUAGAGGAGUUAGGCAGAGGCAUUGGGGGAAAUGGGUGGCUGAGAUUCGAUUACCAAGAAACCGAACAAGGGUUUGGUUGGGGACUUUUGACACCGCUGAGGAGGCUGCCAUUGCAUAUGACACCGCGGCUUAUAUAUUGCGCGGCGAACAUGCAAAGUUGAAUCUCCCAGGUUUGAAGCAUCAACUUAAGGCCAGUGCUUUGAAAGGAACCACAGCUGCUCUUCUUGAAGCAAAGCUGCAAGCAAUAUCAUCAUCACAAGCACAUAAGAAGGCCAUCAAGGAGUCCUCUUCGUCCGAAUCAGCAUCAUCAAACAAGCACUCAGCGGGUGAUGGCGGCGAUCACAAGAAUAUCAUGAUCAAUAGUAAUUUGAGCCAAAACCCUACAAGAAAAGAGUGGCAGUUUGGGUUGGAGAGCAAAGUUGGGUCUCAUCACCAUCACCACCAGCAGGAUUUAGUAUCAACAGCAGAUGUGGAUGCUGUUCAAUUAAGUAGAAUGCCCUCCUUGGACAUGGACAUGAUAUGGGAUGCUCUUCUGGUCUCUGAUUCCUAACUUUUGAAUUUCCUUUUUGGAAUCUCAUUUUUCAUUUCCAAAAUUGAUAUCUGAUACCAAAAGAUGAUCAUAUAGGCAAAUAACUCUUAUUUCGUUUCCAAAUUUUUGCAGUAAAUUGUUUGAUUAUCAGAUUUGUACUUUCUGCCGGUUGUGUUUUUUUAAUUUUUUAUUUAUAGUUUUCUUAAAAGUUGAUCUUUAUGCAGUUAUACAUUUUUUCA